AAAAUCUCUCUCUACUCCCUUCUCCCUCAAAACUCUCUCUCCUCUCUCUCUCUGAACCCUCUUGUCUUUGGUAAAAAGGCACCAAAAAAGGUACGUCCGAUUGCUUUUCUGUACUAGAGCCAAACUGCUUCAUCUCUCAUCCUCAAGUACUGAGGGGAAAAAACCCAGAAAACGUCGUAAAUCACAUAAACGAUCGAUAGAGAUAUAUAUACAGGAAUCUUUUUUGGAUACAAUGACAUGGGUAUGUGAGGAAAAAGGGAAAACCCAAAAAUAGAUCUUUCUGUUUUCUGUGGAACUUCUGUUUCCCCUGGAUUAGAUCUCUCUUUGCCCCAUAAACCCUCUAAUCUGGGGUUUUUUCUGACAUUUGUUCAGGUUUAAAGGGGGAUAUAUAGUUUGUUCAUUGGAGGUACUUUUGUGGCGGUUGGGACUUCAAUGUGGUUAAGACUGGAGGGUUGAGGUUGGUUUUCUGAGAUCCGGCUGUGGGUUUUGAGAUAUGGGUAGUUCAAGUGAGACCAACGCGAAGGCCAUUGAUCCGGCUGUUGGCGGGUUGGUUUGGGUGCGGCGUCGAAACGGGUCGUGGUGGCCUGGCCGGAUAGUGGGAGUGGAUGAAUUGUCUGAAGGUUGUUUGGUGUCGCCAAGAUCCGGUACUCCUGUGAAGCUUCUGGGGAGAGAGGAUGCAAGUGUGGACUGGUAUAAUCUUGAAAAAUCUAAACGGGUGAAGGCAUUUCGUUGUGGGGACUAUGAUGAGUGCAUUGAAAAAGCCAAAGCUUCUGCUGCUAGUUCUUCCAAGAAACAAGUGAAGUAUGCUCGGCGGGAAGAUGCCAUUCUUCAUGCUCUUGAGCUUGAAAGUGCUCAUCAAUCCAAAGAUCAUCAGGAUGUCAGUUCAAAAAUGGGGACAUCAGGUGGAAAACAACUUUUAUUCGAGGAACCGGCAGUGCCUCAUUCUAGCAAAGAGAUUGGACACAUGGAUGAGGAAUCAAGUAGUUUUGAAGACCAUUCUAAUUCACCACAGGAAUUGUCUCAGUCUGUUGUAUCAUUUGAAGAGCCAAAUCAUGUCAGUGCUUCUAGAGAGCAAGGGAGACCACGACGGACGCCGAAUGAUUCAGAAGAUGAUGGAACUGAGGGAGUUAAGCGUAUGAGAGGACUUGAGGAUUUGGGUAUGGGUGUAGUGUCAUCUUUGAAGAGGAAGAGAUCUGAAGUCGCCCAUGUUCAUGAGUUCUUAAAACGGAAAAAUCGUCGCCGCCCCUUGACAAAGGUUCUAGAGAGUACAGCUAUGGUGUCUGUUCCAGUUACUUGUGAACAAAUUCCCAGUCCAAAUGGAUCACCUCUCCCUGGAGUGUCUGACAGCAAGGUUUCUGGACUAGAGUCCAAUGAAUCAAAAAGAAGCUUAUCAGUGGUGCUUAAUAACUCGGAUAGUACGGGAGUUUCGUGUGAAAACGGAAUCUCAGUGAAUGCAUCUGGACAUGCUUCUGAUGUAUCUCUUGUUAAUAACAAACAGAAGGAAAAUGAAAUUUCAAGCAUGUCAGGGUUACCUGAGAACGGUUCGUGCGACAAAUUAUUUGAUGUGCCAUUUGUGGGGGAGGAAAAGCACCCUGAAGGAUUUGCUCCGAUUUUGGUAUCAUGCUCUUCCGAAAAGCCUCAGGCUGGUGCUGGAGGGCAAUCUAGUCAAAGCAGUCAAGUUGAAACUCUAUCUUUGGGAGGAAAUGAAGAACUGAACGAGUCCGGCUCUACCUGUUCAGGUGCUGCUGAUAUUGAUAAUAUAAGCCAGAGCAUUGAAAAAGGUUCUUCAAAGUGGCAAAUAAAAGGAAAGAGAAACUCAAGAAAUACUAGUAAAAAUAAAAGACAAGAUUCAAGAAAGUAUAAAGAUAUCAAUGAAGAAUCCAAAGCUUAUUUAACAAGCUUAGAGCACAGACCAUUUACUGAAUCCCAGAUAAAUGACUACUGGGGAUGGAGUGGGCAUAUUUCUUGCAAGGCGCCUCAUGAAGUGAAACUUUUACCUGAUUGCUCUCAAACUACGCAAAGGUCACUCCCCUAUCGCCAGUCCCGGUUUAUACUGAACCCUAAGUAUCAGACAUCAGAUUUUCCUCUCAGAAGUUAUGAUAUGGGUUCUUGUCUAUACGAUGUUAAUCUAGAGGUGAAAGCAAGCUAUCGUCCUCAGCAUGUUCCAUAUAUUUCUCUCAUGAGCAAAUUGAAUAGUCAACCAAUAAUAGGUCACCCUCUUACAGUUGAGGUUUUGGAUGAUGGGUUCUGUGAUCUUUUGGUGACUGGGCCUGGGCUCAAGCCCGAAUGCUAUUUUACUAGUAGCAGCUGUGACUUGGAUGAUCUAGAAGAGAAUGAUACAUCUGCUUUGGAAGGUGUUGAUAUGGAUUAUGAAGUGAAGCCAAACCUGGGAGGUGGAAGGGUUCCUACAAAGCGUUUGCCUUUGCAUCGUGUUUCGCCUAGUAAAUCGCCCAAGACUAGGAAAAAUGGGCACGUUUCCAAGAAGAUACGUAAAUUGUCUUCACUAACUGGUACUCACAGGCGAAUUGAAGACGAGAAGAACCCAGUGGUGGAGAAGAUCAAGGGCCCUGCUGUAGCUUGUGUCCCGUUGAAAGUAGUGUUCAGUAGGAUAAAUGCAUCACUAAACGGUUCUAUGCGAUCCGUGAAAUUUGUUUCUUGAAGUUGCUGUAGCUGGAGAAGGGUGGAUGGUUGUUUGGUUUUGUUUUUGUUUUUUGUUUUUGUUUUGUAGGGAUUUUGAUUCAUUUGGGCAGGCCUAGUUUCAGCAAAUUUUUAACCGUUAAUUAUGCUCAUUUUCCAGCUCUGUACAUUCUGCCCAGAAGGUAGAAUCCCAUCUUGUAUAAUAAUAAUCAUACAAUUUUAUUAGAGGAGGAAAAUGAAGUAGGCUGGUUUGAUUGUGUACAUAAUUUAACAUUAGUUGAGGAGUAAAGUUGGUGAUCCGAGCGUAGGUUAUGUUUA